GACACGUUCUGAGAGUGCAGUUCUUUUGAGGGCCUCAAAGGGUUCUGACCUGCUGAUAUUAGGUCUGCUUGACUCCUCAAUCUGGGUCGAGAUCCACAUAGCCGCCAGACCUGAGUUACUGAUCUUUACCGGAGAGCGCAAAGAACACUCUGUGAUGUGGAUAUUAAUGAGUGUGAACAACAUGCUUGUAAACAUGGAGGCACCUGUCGAGACGGAACCAACAUGUACACCUGUUCAUGCCCAAAAGAAUACAGCGGUCCACUAUGCGAGUGGGACUAUCCACCACUACAAUGUGGUAAAGAUGUGCUUUGUGCAAAUGAGGGAAUCUGCAAUGAUGGCCUCUGGGGAGCUAACUGUACAUGCGUUCCAGGAUUUAAAGGCAAAAGAUGUGAACUGGAGAUUGAUGAAUGUGGCUCCAACCCCUGUCGACAUGGUGCGACCUGUUUGGAUCGGUUAAAUAGGUUUGUGUGUGAAUGUCCACCAGGAUACAAUGGGCCAGUCUGUGAAACCAAUACACAAGCCAAUAAACAAGAAACGGCCUGGCUGGUCACGUCUGUCGCCUUGUUGUCCCUCUCCAUGCUAGUUUUAAUAUGUGGUUUGACCUUCAUGAUUUUAACAACAAGAAAGAAGCGCCAGUCAGAGGGAGUUUACAGCCCCAGCUCUGAAGAGCUGACCGGGGCUCGGUUGAAGAUGAACAGAAUGCUCAAAAUUCCACCAGAGGAAAGACUCAUUUGACAGAAGUCACCGACCACAUGGAAAAUAUCAAACUUUUGCAGUUUGUAUCUGUUUUAUAGUGACCUCAGUAUUGCAUUUGAGAGCCCCAGAUAUAAAGUAAAUUUAUACAGCAUGAAA